AACCUACCAGGUCCCUCUCUGUGCUUGCAUCACUAUCGGCCCGCCAUGCUUCUUUCUUUUCGAUAAAGUGCGUUCGCGAAGACGUGUUGCGACUUCGGAGAUAGUCUGCAAAUAAAGAGUCCCAAGAUGACCACGGCAACCAUUCGUACUCGUCGCUUCAUGACCAACCGGCUGUUGGCCCGCAAGCAGAUGGUCUGCGACGUCCUGCACCCCGGGCUUGCCUCGGUCCCCAAGAAGGAGAUCCGUGACAAGGUUGCUGCGAUGUACAAAACGACCCCCGAUGUGGUGUUCGUGUUCGGUUUCCGCACCAACUUCGGUGGCGGCAAGUCGACCGGCUUCGCCCUAAUCUACGACACCCUGGAUUACGCCAAGAAGUUCGAACCCAAGCACCGCCUCGGUCGCCACGGACUGUACGAGAAGAAGAAGAUGACUCGCAAGCAGCGCAAGGAACGCAAGAACCGUAUGAAGAAGGUGCGCGGUACCAAGAAGGCCAAGGUUGGCCAGGCCGUCAAGAAGUAAGACGCUUACUCUUGAUGCGGUGCUGCCGAAGGUGGUCGACGUCGGUCCGUGUUUUAAGUUUAUAUGUUUUCUCUUGCGCGGAAAAAUGAGAAACAUUCCGCAAAAGGAAUGAGAAUAUAAGCAACAAACUACCAUUUAAGGAGAAACCAUA